UUCUCUUGUUAAAGAAAUAAACUUCACAUAAUUUCGGCAAGUUUUUUAGUUUAAAUGGAUAUCAGUUAUUACUUAUUCCCACGUUCAUAAUUUCGCGCCAUCUCUGCAACUGUUUGUUGCUAAUCUUUGCUGGUAAUCGGAUAGCGUUACUUUGUAUGAUUUUGAUUUGGUUGUUCUGCUUUAAACAUCGAUGCAAGGGGAAGUGCAACUGGAACCAUCAGGUGAACGGAAUCCAAGCGAUUCCGAUCCCCUGCUCGUGAGAAAGGCCAACACAUCAGCGGGAAGUUCAAGUGAAAUAAAAGAUGAAGACAUAGAAGCUGCUUCUGCUGUUUGCUGUCGUAUCUGCCUUGAGUACGACGGCGAACCAGGCGAGGAAUUGAUAUCUCCAUGCAUGUGCAAAGGAACUCAGCAGUUUGUUCACCGUUCAUGCCUCGACCAUUGGCGUUCAGUGAAGGAAGGUUUUGCUUUUUCUCACUGCACAACUUGUAAGGCCCAAUUCCAUCUUCGAGUCGAAUUGUUAGAGGACUACUCUUGGCGCCAAAUCAAAUUUAGAAUUUUCGUGGCCAGGGAUGUGCUCCUUGUAUUUUUGGCAGUGCAAACUGCAAUUGCUGCAAUAGGUGGCUUUGCAUAUGUCAUGGACAAAAAUGGGAGCUUAAGGAACUCAUUCAGUGAUGGUUGGGAUCGUGUCCUAUCAAAGCAUCCAGUACCCUUUUACUACUGCAUUGGAGUACUGGCUUUUUUUGUGCUGCUGGGCUUUUUUGGGCUCAUACUGCAUUGCUCCUCUUUCAACAAUAAUGACCCAUGUAUGGCUGGCUGCCGGAACUGUUGUUAUGGAUGGGGCAUAUUGGACUGCUUCCCAGCAUCUAUGGAAGCAUGUUUUGCUCUCGUUAUCAUUUUUGUUAUCAUCUUUGCCAUCCUUGGUAUCGCCUAUGGUUUUCUUGCUGCCACCAUGGCCAUCCAGAGGAUCUGGCAAAGACACUAUCACAUCCUCACCAAGAGGGAGCUCACAAAGGAAUAUGUAGUGGAGGAUCUCCAUGGGUGCUAUACACCACCAAAGCUGGACCGAGAACAUGAAGAACGUUUGAAAAUGCUCAAGCUUUUGUAAGGAAGUGUGGAAGGUUCAAGAGGUAACUGAAGCUAUAAAACACAAGUUACACAAGGACAUAAUGCAACCUUUUGUGUGAGAAGUAAUUAUUGAAUGGGGAACAAUGAAAAUAUUGAAUGAGGAACAAUGAAAAAUAGCACCAGUUUGGGAUUUUUCUGGCAAU